CCAGCCGCUUGGUGCGCUGCUGUUGUUUCAGCCCAGCUUCCUCAAACCAGCUUCUUCCGUUGUUUUUAACAUGGCCACAACACCACGCCAGUGAGAUACUUCCCUAAGACAACUGUUUUUAAACAUUAGCACACCGAGAAUGCCAAGGAAAAAGAAAAACGGACAUAGCCCGGCAAGAGUACCCGGCUUGUCAAACGACAACAACAACCGAAUACCGGGAACGGGUGACGGCGCGCCGCUGUCGAGAAGUGAAUUCAACACCGGGACUAACUCUCACGACUACGGCAGUACUAAUAUGCUCGUUUCGACAAAAAACCCAGGAGGCAUCUCGGCUACUUCUCAGGACAAGGACGAGAUCGUGAGGACCAUGAAGGAGAUGUUUUGCCACCUGGAUCCGGAAGUUCUUUACAUUGUGUUGGCCGAGUGUGACUUCAAAGUUGAGAAUGCGAUGGAUUCUCUCCUGGAGCUGUCUGUAGCAGCUGAGCGUGUUGGCCCCCUCCCUCCCCUCCUCUCCGGGUUUGAGCUUACCGCAGCUCUCCUCAGCCCCCAACACAACUCCUCCAAACCAGACCUUCACCCCCACCCUCCUACGGGGGAGUCCGCUGUCCCCCUCUCCCCUCCCCGACGGGCCCCUCCUCUCCGCAGCGAAGAUAACCAGGACCUGACCACUGACUUGACAGAAGAGUUUGAUGUUCUGAUCGACCGUGAGCUGGAGAAUCUUACCAUACAGCAGGAAGCUGAAGAGAGGGACCACGGUGAUCUUCACUCCUCCUCCUCAUCCGUCUCAUCCCUCUCCUUCCUCGUUCAGCCCCCAGGCGCCCAGCAGCAUGCCCUGCCACAGCCUCUCCAGUCCAGCCCAAGAGCCUCAGCCUCCAGGAGGGGGCUCCCAGGGGACCAGCCGUGCCCAGACAGGGUGUUCUCAGCUGGGCAGGCUAGCGGACCUCACUCCCCUGUCUCUGACCUCAACUUCUCUGGAGGAGCAGCCGGUUACCAGCGGCAACGGUCAUUACUGGACUUCAGCCAUCUGACUUCAUCGCCAUCCGAGACGGACAGAACUAAACCCAGCCUGCUUUUGGACCCAGGGGCCGCCGAUCGCCCCUCUGCAUUCCAGGCAUACAGGAAACUGGACCAGUUCACUGUUCAUCCAGAGGGCGAGCGGACCGUACCACCAGGUGGCGUAGUAAGGGGGGCGAGGUCGAAGACGAGCGUCGCAGGAGAAGAAGAGCGACUCAACGACCCACCGUUCUGGAAUACUCGAGCGCCGGAGUUCCAGCCGCAUGUCCGCAGAAAUCAGGCAACGGGGCCGGCAUUUAUCGUCCCUGUGGCGCUAAGCCCCUCCUCCUGGCACACCCGAGCCACACCCGCCUCCCACUGGUUGGCCCAGGGCCCUGUCGGUCAAGCCGCGACCGUCCCCAGGUCUUGGACCCUCUCUGGGCAACAUGGUAGGCUCCGGCUGGAGGGGCGUGUCCUAGUGCUGCUACGGGGAGCUCCUGGGUCGGGCAAGUCCACCCUGGCCCGGGCCAUGCUGGAACAGAACCCACAUGGGGUGGUGUUGAGCACGGAUGAUUAUUUCUGUCGUCAUGGGGACUAUCGCUACGACCCCUCAGCUUUAGGGGAGGCCCACGAAUGGAACCACGCUAGAGCCCAGGAAGUGAUGGAGGCCUCUUUCUCUCCUGUUAUUAUUGACAACACCAACAUGCAGAGCUGGGAGAUGAAACCCUACGUCACUAUGGCUCUGAGGCACAACUACAAGGUUUUGUUCCGGGAGCCUGGUACCUGGUGGAAGAACAAACCCAGGGAACUGGAGAGACGUACUAGGCACAGUGUUAAAGCAGAUAAGAUCCGUUGGAUGAUGGAAAAUUAUGAUCGUCACGUGACCAUUCACUCCAUCAUGGGGAGCUCUCACCCCAAACUACCCCCAUUACGACCCAACACGACCCCCUCAUCACGACGCCAAACUACCCCCCCAUUAGGACCCAACACGACCCCCUCAUCACGACGCCAAACUACCUCCCCAACAGGACCCAACACGACCCCCUCAUCACAACGCCAAACUACCCCCCCAACAGGACCCAACACGACCCCCCCAUCACGACGCCAAACUACCUCCCCAACAGGACCCAACACGACCCCCCCAUCACGACGCCAAACUACCUCCCCAACAGGACCCAAGCCCCCCCCAUCAGGAGGCCAAACUACCCCCCCAACAGGACCCAAGCCCACCCCAUCAGGAGGCCAAACUACCCCCCCAACAGGACCCAAGCCCACCCCAUCAGGAGGCCAAACUACCCCCCAACAGGACCCAAGCCCACCCCAUCAGGAGGCCAAACUACCCCCAUCAGGAGGCCAAACUACCCCCCCAUCAGGAGGCCAAACCACCCCCCAUCAGGAGGCCAAACUACCCCCCAUCAGGAGGCCAAACUACCCCCCCAUCAGGAGGCCAAACUACCCCCCCAUCAGGAGGCCAAACCACCCCCAUCAGGAGGCCAAACUACCCCCCCAUCAGGAGGCCAAACUACCCCCCCAUCAGGAGGCUAGCCCACCCCAUCAGGAGGCUAGCCCACCCCAUCAGGAGGCCAAACUACCCUCCCAUCAGGAGGCCAAACUACCCUCCCAUCAGGAGGCUAGCCCACCCCAUCAGGAGGCCAAACUACCCUCCCAUCAGGAGGCUAGCCCACCCCAUCAGGAGGCUAGCCCGUCACAGUCCAAGUCCUCAGACAAGGCCCGCCGCGACCUGGUAGGAGAGCAGCGAUUGGUCCAGGGCUCUGAGAGGUCCUGCCCCCAGCUCUCCUCCUCGCUUCCCGACGUGUCGUCGGCCGGCCGCUCCGGGAGAGCCAUAACCCCGGGUCACAGCUCUGCCCACGGGUCCACAGAGUCCCUCUCCCUCGGUGGAAAGGCCUCGGAAAAAUGUGCGAUUCCGGACAAUUCUAAAAUUCUGGAUGAGGAGGAUAUUCUUGAUUUAGGAGCGGUGACCUCUGAACCGGAAGCUCCGUGGCAACCGGACGACGAGGGGAACAGGGGGGAGGAAGAGGGAGAGACACGAAUUCCCCACUGUCUGGUGGAGUCUGUGUUUAGUGCAGAUUUCCAUGGUGACGACGAGAGGCCCGUGGCUUUCUCCGAGUCGAUUGGUCAGAGGGCGAGGAAAGAGAGGAGGAGUAGAACUAGGAAGACGGACUCUGAUAGGCUGGAGCCUGCUGUCGUAGUGAAAGACGCUAGCCAAUCGGUGAGCGAGGGGGAUGGAGAGAGAGAGGAUGGAGGAGGGAAGUUGGUGGGAGAAAUGGGUGAUGGGGGAGAGCAGGUGUGGGAUGUGGGAGAGAGGGUGAGGGUGAGGGAUGGGGGAGAGAGGGUGAGGCCUGAGUUGUUGGAGUUUGUUGGAGACUGGCCUUCAGAGGAGGGACUGGAGCAAAGAAGAGGAGGAGGAGGAGGAAGGAAUGGGAGGCGCCCUGGGAGGGAGGAAGAGGGAGGUGGUGAGGGGGAGGAGGCAGAUCCCAGAGGCAGCCAAUCAGAAGGGCAUCCUGGUCGCGGGCCUCAUGUCACAGAGUUCCAGAAGCUUCUAGAGCUCUUACAGACAGGUGUUGACUCCUUCCCCCUGCCCACCUGCCCCUCCUCCGUCCCCUCCCUUAGCUCAGACUGUUCACUUGGAGAAGGAGGAGAGAGGGGUGAGGCAGGAGGAGAGAGGGGUGAGGCAGGAGGAGAGAGGGGUGAUGCAGGAGGAGAGAGGGGUGAUGCAGGAGGGAGGAGAGGGGAGGCGGAUAAAGACGGAGUCCUGAGUCGGGAGGAAUUACCUGACUGUGUGUCGGCUAACCCUAACUCAACCCAGGUGGUUGGAUCCAACACCGUGGAGCAGAGGGAGGGAGAGACCAUUCAGGCCGCCAGAGAGGGGGGGACUCAGGGUUUAGUUGAGAAAGACUUGUUGGAGGUAGGAGGAAGCCAUCUUGGUAAGGUCAGUCAGUGUACUGAUAGUGACAGCCAUAUUGGUGAGGGCAGUGUGGAAGCUGGUGAAUGCAGCCAUGUUGGUGAGGUCAGUCAGUGUACUGAUAGUGAAAGCCAUAUUGGUGAGGGCAGUGUGGAAGCUGGUGAAUGCAGCCAUGUUGGUGAGGUCAGUCAGUGCACUGACGCUAGUGAGACCAGGGUGGAAGGUGAAGUCGGCCAUCUUGGUAGAGGCAGUCAGUGUACUGACGCUAGUGAGACCAGGAUGGAAGGUGAAGUCGGCCAUCUUGGUAGAGGCAGUCAGUGUACUGACGCUAGUGAGACCAGGGUGGAAGGUGAAGUCGGCCAUCUUGGUAGAGGCAGUGAGGAGCGGAGGCAGAGUUGCAGGGCUGAGAAACAGUGCAAGCUGGCGCUCACCAGGGUGGAAGCUCUGACCUUGCCCCUAACCGACUCUGACCUCGACCCUAACUCUGACCUCGACCCUAAUCUCCACUCUGACCUCGACCCUAAUCUCCACUCUGACCUCGACCCUAAUCUCCACUCUGACCUCGACCUUAAUCUCCACUCUGACCUCGACCCUAAUCUCCACUCUGACCUCGACCCUAAUCUCCACUCUGACCUCGACCCUAAUCUCCACUCUGACCUCGACCCUAAUCUCCACUCUGACCUCGACCCUAAUCUCCACUCUGACCUUAACCCUAACCUCAAACCUGACCUCAACCCUAACCUCGACCCUGUCCUUAACCCUAACCUCGAUCUCAACCCUAACCUCGACCCUGUCCUUAACCCUAACCUCGAUCUCAACCCUAACCUCGACCCUGUCCUUAACCCUAACCUCGAUCUCAACCCUAACCUCAAACCUAACCUCCAACCUGACCUCUACCCUAAUCUCAACCCUGACCUUAACCCUAACCCCCACCACCCCUCCCCUCCUCCAUCAUUGGCCGACACAGAUCGUUCCUCCCAGACCGACCCGCAAGACUUCGCCUUCCUCUGGCGUCUCGACCACAAUCGUCGCGACAACCCAACCGACGCCGCGGGAUACCACUUUCCCCCUAACAACACCCUCGCCAUUCUCCACGGCAAUCCUUCCCGUUUCCUCCCAGAGGUAUCGGCGGCGGUCUCGGCCGGCGUUGCGGUUCACCCCUCCGGCCAGCGCGUGGUGCCGUACCGUGUGACGCACGAGAAGGGGAGCCAGGUGGAGGAGAGGGAGCUGGAGGAGGGCCGGACCAGACAGCAGAACCUCGUCAUUCUCAGACGCCAUUUUAAACUGGUCAACGGACACACUCUGGAGGACCUCUAUGACACAUGUCAGCAGGAUCUGGAGUGGACCAGUAAUCUGUUGCUAGACUCUGGGGAGAGACUGUUCCUAGAGGAAGAGGAGGAUGAAGAAGAGGGUGAUGAAGAUCUGCACAUGGCCGUUGGUGUGUCCCUGGAGGAGAGGACGGAGAGGCGGGUUACGCCCCCAGGAGAACAGGCUUCGGCCUCCAGCUUUUCUGAUAGUGAGGCGAUUGUUGUACUGGGAAGAAGGGAGGAGGAAGAGGAGACGUGGAGGACAGGAGGGGGCGUUGACGAAGGGGUAGGUGGGGUUAGUGGACUGAACCAUCCGGUGUCUGGGGGCGGGGGCGGCUCAGAGGAACAAAACACCCCCUUGGGAGAGUCCACUCGUCUGGAGCACGGACCACCAGGAAGAGAUGUGGCGGAGCAGGAAGUGGUUCGGGACUCGGAGAGCGGAGCUGGCGCAGAGCAGUGGGAGAAAUGGGAGAGUAGGGCCCCGGAGGAGGAGGAGGGGAGCCAGUCGGGCCCCUCCCAGCUGGAGGAGAUGGAGAGGAGAGAGGAGGAGGAGGAGAGGAAAGGGAGGAAGGAAAAGGAGAAGAGGAGGGACAGACUCGUGGACAUCCAGAGUGUUGAACUGAAGCUGCCUACAGAACUGGCUCUGCAGCUGGUUGAGCUGUUUGGCCCUGUUCUACCAGGUGUGUGUUCUCCUGAUGACUACUCUGUGAGGAUGGACCUCAACAUGGCCAGACUGCUCCACCAGAAAUGGAAGGACACUGUGCAGGUGUGUGUCACCUGCGUCAG